GUCGUCUUUACGGACCCUGCCCCUUUAAGAGAGAUGGCCCCUGGAGAUUUGCACCACCUGUCCGUUAUACUGGUUCUGUGCAGCAGAGCAAUAUUUCUAAACACUACACACACACCUGUGUGUUGUCUGAGCCACAGCAUUGCACGGACUCGCUUUCCCUGCCUCUAUCGCAAGGGCCGUGUUGUAUACAGUCCCGUUACAUUGGUAAACUGGUUAGAAGAAACGUGGGGACUACGUACAUGAAAUAAAGACACGGAGAAAGAUACAUUUUUGCUAUAAAACUACUGGGAAACUAGUUUGUCAAGAGCUGGCGACCAAAUCCACCGGAAAAGAACUGAUUACGUACAUUUGCAUCAGUUCAAUUGAGGCGAGAACAAACUAUUCUUAACUUCGCAAAAUGCGCAGGUGUGUAAUCAUUUUAUCUGUGAUCCUCGGGUCGUUCUCAUGUUCCGCUGAGUGUCCGUCGGGUUGUCAGUGCUUCGAAGCCUCCAGAACAGUUCAGUGCGUGUCUCAGGAUCUCCGGGUUGUGCCCGAUGGCAUCCCAGGAUAUACCACCCAUUUAUUCAUUACAGGGAACUUGAUUCCAAGAAUUGGGUACGACUCUUUUCGAGGGCUGGAAAAUGUUACCUCUUUGACUUUAAGCAACAAUGGGAUCACAGAAGUAGCAUCCCAUACGUUCUCCUCUCUGACCAUGCUGCGCUUCCUGAACCUGAACGACAACCAGCUCGCCCUGAUUCACCCUGAAGCUUUUAUCGUGCCGGGCAGUCCUCUACAAGAGCUCAACCUCAGCAACUCUCUCUACAAUCACAGUUCACUCACUGACCUCAUUACUGCGUUCCGGUGGGGCGGCUUAGGGAGCCUCCGCCGCCUCGACCUCUCCAGGAAUAGUCUGGCCCUGCUUCCCCCGACAAUGUUCUCCCCUCUCCCUAACUUGAAACAGCUACGACUGGGCAACAACUCCCUCGUUGCCAUCUACAACGGCACUUUCUCGGGCGUUGAGCUGCUGGAGGUGCUGGACCUGACCGGCAACCGCUUCACUGCGUUCAGCGACGAGGGGCUUCGCGAACUGGAGAGGCUCGACAGGGCUCGGCUGCUGCUGGGGAACAAUCCAUACCUGUGCGCCUGUGGGACGACGAACUUCACAAACUGGCUGAACAACUCGAAGGUCCGAGUGGGUGACCCAGAGAAGCUGCGCUGCGCCUCUCCUGGACAGCUGCGGAACGUCGCAGUGCAGGCUCUCGGCACGAAGGUCCUGGGCUGCGACUACUGGGACGGGACGGUGGUGGAAGAGGUGGACGACUUCGCCCUACAGACGUCCUACGUGUUCCUGGGGCUGGUCUGUGGAUUUGUGGGUAUGGUCUUUUGCUUCGUCCUCUACCUCAACCGCAAGGACAUGAAGAAGUGGAUCGUGGACAUGCGAGACGGCUGUCAGGACAUAUUGGAGGGUUACCAGUAUCGGUACGAGAUCGACUCAGACCCAAGGAUCAGGAACAUUGACACCAAUGGCAAACUAGAAAAAACGAACAAUCUCGAAGCUGGUCGCCAGAUACCCACCAAAACUUCUUUGUCAGAAAUUCCCACUGAUGUUGCAGUGUAGCCUGAGAAGCAUGUUUGUGUUGACUACACAGCUACAUAUGAUAUUUCGAGUGCAGAAGACUGGCUCCAGUGCAGACCAUUGAAUUUUAGGACUGGUGAAAUAGUUUCAUUAGAAAAUCUACUGAUCUUCAAAGGAUACUCAGAAACUACCAUUUGAUCAGUUACCAGCCACUGCACUGUGCAUCCCCCUUUCAUUCAGUCACAAACAGGACAUUAGCAACACACCGAACUUGUUAAAAAAACUCAAUAUACACUCUACAUACGCUGACUCUUCACACACUGCAAAGAAUAUCUAAAAAUAUCAAGCCCUCUCCUCUGCUUGGCAUACUGUAUUCUAACUCGUGUAUUGUGCCCCUUCGCCCCCCUUGCCUGUGUGUUUCAAUGCUUACCCCCCCCACGCCCCCUCACCCCAGCCCAUUGUGUACUUGUCCUCAUUUCCCAAAUGGCUUGGUUCAUAUGGUGUAGGGUAGGCAGUAUGAUGAAGUCCUGAAGGGGGAGAAAAUGGGACAGGAAUUGAAGACUGUGGGGGUUCUGCAGAGCAUAAUGUAGAACCAGUUCUGGCUCCCUUUGCAUGUGCAUGCCUCCAUCUGUAAGGCAAUCCAUAUUUGCAUGUGUUUAAGUGCUUUCUCUAAGAAGCGAGGCUCACAGAGGUACAGUGCGGAGCAGACAGACACUGUGUCCAGUUUCAGAGAGUAUUAGCAGCUGGGACUGAUUUGACCUGAUGAGCCGUUGCAUUACAAGCAAAUCCAAAGCAAAAAUUGCAGGACUGUUGUAAUGCUGGGUUUUGUAAAUAGAGAGAACAUGGAAUAAAUAGUAUAGCCUAGUAUAAAUUAGUUGGUGGAACUUGUCACAGAUGGAAAACAAAGUACGCUUUUACUUUUCUCAGGUAUAUCUGUUGCUGAUUGUUGCUGUUGUUUACAUCGUCUAUUUGAACACGUUCAUAUAAUUUGCUCACUGGUGAGAAUAAACUUUCUUCUGUGUUAUUCUCAAA